AUGCUGGGUGCUCCGACCGCGAUUGCCCUCAGCCGCGAAGCUGUCGCGCUCACGCUUGCGUGCCGGCCGGCUGAUGCUCGGGCUGCGGCCGCCUCGGUUGCUUCGUGCAUCGCACGGGGCGACGGUGGCAUUGAGGGCCGCCACGCCAUCGAUGUGGCGUUCAAUCUGGCGCUGGCCGGUGCGGCCGACUCACCAGCGCUGGAUAUGCUCGCCGCGACCGCCGAGGCUGAGCUUCGCGAGCUCCGAUGGCGGCGGCGCGGCUGGUCCAAGCCACGGUCGGCGUACACUCUGGUGCAGCUCGCCGAGAAGGCGGCGGCAGCUGGCCUCGCGGCGCCGCUCGGGCUGUUUGACAUCAUCGGCGAGAUGCUGAGCGAGUGCGGUGAGUAUUCCGAACUGGCUACGGACCUCCAGGCCGGCCGCUUUGGCCUCUCGUCGCCGCGGGCGGCGGCCUGGCUCUACCGCACCGCUCGAAAGCAGCCCAAGUGGUCCAUGGGCGACGCCAGAGCUGCCGCGCAGCCUGCGGCGCCAUGCGCGAGGCUGCCGCGGGGGGGCUCGCCUCUCGUGCUCGACCUGGGGUGUGGCUUUGGUGUCGGGGUGCUCACCGCUGCCGCAGCGAGCAGGCGCGACGGCGACGGCACUGCGUUCGUCGGCUGCGACCUCAGCCCGCUUGGCGUGGCUUUCGCGCGUGGCGUUGCCCGGCGUUGGCGCCUUGGCGACUCUGCCGCCUUCAUGCACACCGACGCUGCCUCCGCCCUCGCCGCCGCCGCCGACGACCACCGACCACUAGCCUCGGCGCUGAUCGCGUGCCCGACGCCUUACGCGGCAGCCGCGGCCGACUCGCGCAGCAGCGGCAAUUCGCAGCUGCCGGAGGGCCUCGAGAGCGACGGGUUCCUCGGGCAGCCUCGACUGUUGCGCGCGGCGGCGAAGGCUUCGCCGCCAUGCGCACACCGCGAGCCGCCCCUCGCACCGGCGAUCGCGCCGGGCGGGACGCUGCUGCUCUCGUCCAACGCGGAAGACGUCGCGGUUCGCAUGUCGGAGGCUGCGCUCGCCGCGGGGUUCGGGUUGCGGCCGGCCGCCGCCUCUUCGCCUCACCACUCCGCGAGUCGCGACGCUCUCCUCUCGCGCCGCUCGCGCCGCUGGAGAGAGGCGGGAGGCCAGCGGGCCGUCGGGGGCGCGUGGCGGAUCGGCGCGAGUGGGUGGGAGCGCGGCGCGGGGGGAAGGUGGGGCGGUGCCGCGCGGGCAGUGGAGCGGCCAGCUUGGUCCGAGACCGAGCUGGCGCACGCCGUGGACCGGGCAGCGCUUCACAGGAUGCUGCUUGUGAAGCCAGACGACGCCAUGGCGCCCAUGGCCAUGCCAGACGCAGUCGGUUAACUAACCCAGCAAGGACCCCGUGUUGUUGCGGAAGUCACCACACUAACCGCCUGUUUUUCAAAUUCAAUGUACGUGUA